AUGGCCGCGGCCGCUGACAGGACGCCCCCGCGCCUGCUCUUCGGAGACUGGCUCCUGGGGGAGGUCAGCAGCGGCCGCUACGAGGGCCUGCGGUGGCUGGACGCCGCCCGCACGCGCUUCCGCGUGCCCUGGAAGCACUUCUCGCGGAAGGACCUGGGGGAGGCGGACUCCCGCAUCUUCAAGGCCUGGGCGGUGGCCCGCGGCAGGUGGCCGCCCAGCAGCAGCAGCGGCAGGGGCGGAGGUGACCAGCUGGCCCUGGAGGGCGCGCUCCGGGCGGGCUGGAAAACCAACUUCCGCUGUGCGCUGCACAGCACCCAGCGGUUCGUGAUGUUGCAGGACAACUCAGGGGACCCCGCUGACCCACACAAAGUGUACGCCCUCAGAUUCAAGCCUGGGGAGACAGGUGCGGGCACUCAGCAGGGGGAGGUGGCCCUGGAAGAUGCCCUGCCCUUGACGGCUGGGCUCCCAGGGCCAUGCCUGGCAGGAGACGCUGCUGAGAAGCCAGGGCUUGGGCUGAGCCCUGAGCUCGGCGCCCCAAGCCCCCCUUUUGGCGCAGCCGACAGUGCUGGGGACCUCUUGCUCCAGGCUCUGGAGCAGAGCUGCCUGGAGGCCCACCUGCUGGAAGCUGCAUGGGUGGGGAACCCAGUGCUCCCAGAGGCUCCCGGCCUGGAGCUCCUGAACACAGAGCCUUCUCUGACAAGGGCCGGACACACGGUCCCUGUGCACCAGGCGCAGGAGACAGAUGCAGGCCUGGCCCGGGUCCUGGAGCCCUGGCAGCCUCCACCAGAGGUGGAGCCUUGCCCCGGGGUGGCUGCUGAGCCUGGAUCGCACAGAGAGCCCAGCCUGAGGGCCCUGGAUGUGACCAUCAUGUACAAGGGCCGCACAGUGCUGCAAGAGGUGGUGUGGCGUCCAAGCUUCGUGUUCCUCUACGGAUCCCCAAGCCCAGCCACCACGGCCACGGAGCCCCAGCAUGUGGCCUUCCCGAGCCCGGCCGAGCUCCCUGACCAGAAGCAGAUGCACUACACCGAGAAGCUGCUGCAGCACGUGGCCCCGGGACUGCAGCUGGAGCUCCAGGGCUAUAGGCUGUGGGCCCGGCGCCUGGGCAAAUGCAAGGUCUACUGGGAGGUGGGAGGGCCCCUGGGCUCUGCCAGCCCCUCCACACCCCCCCGCCUGCUGCAAAGGAACCAAGACACCCCCAUCUUCGACUUCAGCACCUUCUUCCGAGAGAUGAUGGAGUUCCGGGCUCGCCGGCGUCCAGGCUCCCCGCACUACACCAUCUACCUGGGUUUUGGGCAGGACCUGUCAGCUGGGAGGCCCAAGGAGAAGAGCCUGGUGCUGGUGAAGCUGGAGCCGUGGCUGUGCCGGGCGCACCUGGAGUGCGUGCAGCGAGAAGGGGUGUCCUCCCUGGACAGCAGCAGCCUUGGCCUCUGCCUGUCCAGCUCCAACAGCCUCUACGAGGACCUGGAGCGCUUCCUCAUGGAGGUGCAGCAGCCUGCCUGAGGGCCGGCCCGUCUCCAAGCCAAGAAAAAGGCCUCAAGAGUCAGUGCUGGUGUCCUGCGCAGGGGUGGGCUCGGGCUCAGAAGGGGCAGCAGACUUCCGG